GGAAUUACUUUAUUUUUUGUGUAUAAGCUUUUAAGGCUGAGGAAACGUCAUCCUACACAAAAUCUAAAUCUUCAUUAACCAUGUCGUUGUGGUUUGCUGUCCUUCAUGUUUUAGGUAUUCUCUCUUUGAGCUGGUGCACUUCUGGAUCUGAAUUAAAUGUUGCAACGCCGAUUAGCUGUGGGACUCGUGCGGUGGAUCUGUCAGACACACAUCUGCUGGUGCUCUGUCCAGCAAACUGCUCUCUGUGGAGCCUCUCAGUGUUUGGUUCUGGAGUUUAUGCCUCUAUUUCCAGCAUAUGCGGAGCAGCCAUUCACAGAGGAAUCAUAGGUCUGUCUGGUGGACCAGUGGAGGUUCACGGACUGCAAGGGAGGACAAACUACCUCAGCUCUUACGCUCAUGGUGUUCAGUCGCAGUCACUGUCGCAAUGGAGCGCAUCGUUCACUGUGGCCCGAACAAUUAGCUUGCCUUUGGAAGUGUCCAGCCAAACCAGCAGUUCUGCCACCGUCGCAUCUGGAGCAGCCAAGAAGCCAGUGAAAAAAAUAGUGAAGAAGCCUCCUCCAGCAACAGCACACAAAGAUUGUCCAGUUGAUAUGGCUUUGUUGCUGGAUAGCAGCUACAACAUCGGACAGCGGCGGUUCAACUUGCAGAAGAACUUUGUCAGUAAACUUGCAACCAUGCUGAAGGUUGGGACACAAGGUCCUCAUGUAGGAGUGGUGCAAACCAGUGAAACACCUCGAACUGAAUUCUACCUGACAAACUAUACGACAGCCAAAGAUGUGACCUUUGCCAUCAAAGAAAUCCCGUACAUUGGGGGCAAUACCAAUACAGGUAAGGCCAUACUGCACACCGUGAGGAACUUCUUCAGUCCGGAUUUUGGGGUGCGGAGAGGUUACCCACGGGUGAUUGUGGUGUUUGUUGAUGGGUGGCCUUCUGAUAAUGUGGAGGAGGCAGCAAUUUUAGCCAGAGAGUCUGGCAUUAACAUCUUCUUUGUGUCUGUGGCCAAGCCUUCCCCUGAGGAGGCAAGUCUGGUGAGCGAUCAAGACUUCAUGAGAAAGGCAGUGUGCAAGGACAAUGAGUUCUUCACCUUCACCAUGCCCAGUUGGUUCAGCACCAACAAGUUUGUAAAGCCACUAGCUCAAAAGCUUUGCUCCAUCGAUCAGAUGCUUUGCAGCAAGACGUGCUACAACUCAGUGGAUCUGGGCUUCCUGAUCGAUGGCUCCAGCAGUGUAGGUGACGGGAACUUCCGGCUGGUGCUGGACCUCCUUGUCUCUAUCGCACGUAGCUUUGAUAUCUCCGACAUUGGAUCUCGCAUUGGUGCUAUCCAGUUUACCUAUGACCAAAGGAUGGAGUUCAACUUCAAUGACCAUGUCUUGAAAGAUAAUGCUCUAAGGGCCCUGCAGAAGAUCCCAUAUAUGAGCGGGGGAACAGCCACUGGAGAUGCCAUUAACUUUGCUGUGCGGAGUCUCUUUAAACCCCGCUCAAGCUCCAACAGGAAGUUUCUCAUCAUCAUCACUGAUGGACAAUCUUACGAUGAUGUGAGAGUUCCAGCUAUGGCUGCCCAAAGAGAGGGAAUCACUGUUUACGCAGUGGGUGUUGCUUGGGCUCCUAUGGAAGAUCUGAAGGCGAUGGCGUCUGAGCCCAAGGAGAGCCAUGUGUUUUUCACUCGCGAGUUCACCGGGUUGGGACAGUUCCAGCAGCCCAUCGUCCGGGGCAUUUGCAGGGACUUCACAGAGUUCAAUUAGACAAUUUUGAGAUUUUCUUGAGUGCAAGAAUAUGAAGAAAUUCAACAAAAAAAAAAA